UGCGUCUAGUCUGUGGUAGUACAUGUGCUACACAAUGAUCCAAAGUUGUAUUAUCCAGCUGUUCAUAAAACCCCUGAAUGCUCCUUUUGUUCUUCACUUCUCCGCCUUGCUCUGCAAUAUAUUAUCCCAUGCUAUUACUGUUCCUGAACUGAAUUCCGAUUCGCUAAAAGCUGACGCUGCCGAGUCAUCACUGCCACCAAUUGAGUGACGAUCAAAAUGACCCUCGUUACGGCAAUCCCGGAGCAUUUACAGGUUGAACGAACCAUCCCAGCUUCUACGCCGGCAAACUAUGAGCCUCCUUUCCCUGCAUACAGCGCCCAGUUCGCCAAGGAUGUCUCAAGUUUGGUAAUGGCCGUCAUUGGUGCCCAGUUCCCUAGCAAGACAGGGCAGGAAGAGGCUGCCAUCUCCAGGGUGAACUCGUUUUUGACAUUUUCUGGUGAAGAUGGAGAGGACGUCCUUGGGCCUGCAUUUUCGGAAUGGGCGGCUGUGACUGACCCCAAGGGCUAUUACAAUAUCACUGCUCUUGCUUAUUGGAAAAGCGAGGAGGCGUAUCAGAAAUGGACAACCAAAUCUGGCUUCAGCUCCUGGUGGGAAAGCCUUGAUACACAGGAACAAGAGAAUGGUUGGUUCAUCGAAGUCUUCUUUCCAACUAUGGACAGGUUCGAGACGGUGUUUUCCAGCGGUGAGAUUCCCGAGGGAGCAGCUGAAAUGCGAGAUGGAGUCGUCGGACCCAUCAAAGAGCACGUCUACUGGGGAAGCAUGCGAGAUCGCCUAGCAAUUGCGCAGACGGACACACUCAAAGGCGAAGAGUUCCUCAAGGCCCCCGCAGAACAGGCACCAAACGGAAAUCUGUCUCGGAGGAUCCGAGUCCCCGGCAAGAAGAACCUGGCCAUUAUCCGCUCAGGCCAAGACUGGGCCGACACGGCACCUGAAGAGCGGAAGCUGUACGUCAAGACGAUGCACCCUGUGCUCGAGGCAGGGAUGAACUUUCUCCGCGAUCACGGGGACGAGGUUGGCUGUUACAGCUGCCGCUUCAUGGACAUUGUCGACCCCAUAACAAGAAGUGCGGACAAAGACCGCACCUUUGGGCUGGCGUAUUUUGACGAGCUUGCCUCUCUUGAGAAAUGGAGCAGGGAGCAUCCUACACACCUGGCCAUCUUUGGUGGGUUCCUCAAGUACGCGGCUCAGCUGAACAAUGUCAUUACUCUCCGCCUAUUUCACGAGGUGCUAGUGGUGAAGCCGGAGCAGCAGCUGUUUGAAUACGUCGGGUGUCAUCCGGAGACGGGGAUGAUGGUGGCGAAAUGAUGUUAUAUGCAUACGAGCCGGCUUGUUCCGCUGCUAUCGAGGGGAAUUGCAGACUAGGAAGCCGGCAUUUGAGCCCCGGCCGUGGUGGCGCGUUGUUUAAAAGGGAGCUUGCCGUCUCAGACUGUAACGUAAGCGGCAAUGAUUGCGUCUAAAUGUUAUAAUUUCAAUCUUUCAGUAGGUUUCUGCAAAGCAGUGCCCUAGAUUGGCAAUAAACUACCUUUCAAAGAAAUGAAAAAAAUGACAUAUC